GUGGAGGAUCUCAGGGCGUCGGCGCAGUCCGCUCGAGCCGUGCACGAAAGUUCUGCAGCGGAAGCUGCCCAGAAGAAGGGAGAAGCGCAGGAACUGGCCGGAAAAUGCCAAGCCCUCCGAGAGAGCAGGCGGCAGCUUGAGUCAGAGCGCCGCCAGAUCUUGGAGGAGAUUCAAGACAUCACGGCGACGGAACGGCAGAUCGAAAUGGAGAGGAGAUUGACCCGGGUGUGCACGGACCUGUCACACGCCGUGCCUGGUGUCUUCGGCCGAGUCGUGAAGCUCUGCAACCCGGUUCAGAAACGGUUCCGUGUGGCGGUCAAUGUAGCGCUGAACGGCCACCUGGAUGCCGUCGUCACGCAGACGGUGGACGGGGCUCGCUCCUGCGUGCAACACCUCAAGGAUGGGAUGAUGGCCCCGCUGACUUUCCUGCCCCUGGACAACCUGAAGAGCAUGGUCAUGGACCGACGGCUCCACGAGGCCCUGCAAGGCCGCAUGAAGCUGCGUCCGGCUCUCAGUUGCAUCUCCUUCGAGUCCCCGUUGAGUCGUGCUUUCGACUUCCUCCUGUCGGAUGUCGUGAUUGCCGAUUCCUUGGAUGACGGCCGAGAGUUUGUCUUCGGCGUUCUGAAGGAGUUGGGCCUGAAGUGCAGGGUGGUGACACUCAGCGGGGAGGUGAUCUCUCGGGACGGGAACCUUGCU